UUUACCUUGGACUCCUCAUGCCUGCCAGCUCGGUCCCUGACAUAUGGUGGCAGUGGUGGGAUUAGCUGGUUGAGGAAGGUUUUUUUUUCGCUCUCUUUUCCCCCUGCAUUUGAUUGGUUUUUGCUUUUUUUACAAUGCAGCGUGGAGGAAUGAUUACAAGAGGAAAUCGUGAGGGGCCCCGGGAACCACAGACUGGACAGGAGGGGCGAGGACACGGCACUGGUACUGAAGACACAGGAGGAGUCGCAGGCACUGAGGGUGGAGACAGCAGAGAACCAACGCUGGUGGACAUAGCUAGCAUUCUCCGUGCCCACAUGGGCCAGCAAGAGGCCCGGGAUAACCGGCUGAGGGAGGAGUCUGAUCGCCAGGAGCAGCGGUUUAAGGCACUCCAACAUCAGUUCCAAUUGCUACAGCUCGAGGUACAAGCUCGCACUUCUCCAACCCUGGAGCACAUGUCAGCUGACCUUGAUUCAGAUGAACCUGGUCCCCAAGCCCAAAUAGCCCUGACACCUGAGGGUGCUCCAGCCAAUUCCUCAUCAGGUAUGGAUAAAAGAACACGACCAUUCAACGGCUGCAGAGGCUGCUUCGCUGGCGGAUGUGUUUGUGGCUGCCCGGAGAAAAGGUCAACCAUGGAGUUACUCUGCCUGGAAAGCUACAAAGGACACCCGCAGGCCUACAUCAUCACAACAAUAUCAGAGGGCAGCACCUGGUGUGGGUAAGGCUCCCAUGAGGGAGAACCAGGCAAUGAAUUCACAAACUGAUCACUGUCAAAAUUAAUGGUAAAGCUCUGAAGGCCCUAAUGGACUCUGGUAGUGAUCAGACACUAGUACACAGGCAGUUUGUCCCUGCUAAUGUGAUCCGCACCCUUGAAACUAUCCCCAUCUGCUGUGUGCAUGGGGAUAAGAAGCCCUACCCCACAGCUGACAUUUACAUUGAAGUGCAAGAGCAACCAUACCUUCUUAACAUUGGAGGGGCUGACAAUCUUCCCUUCCCAGUGGUGCUGGGUAGCGACCUACCAGUUUUGUUUGACCUAUUAAGCCAACCUAUUAGGUGCAAUGUGGCUGUAACCAGAGCCCAGGCCAAGUUGGUAGAUGAGCCCUCUGUAACCCUCAGUGCCCUGCCUUUUUAUGAUGCUGACUUAGACACCCAGCCGGGGAAGUCCCGGAAGUCACGCAGUCGAAGGAGGCAGGAAAGAUUCCAGCACACUGUCAUUCCACCACCAGAUGCAGUAGCUCCAGAUUUGCCACUAGGGGUUAAAAUACCUUCAGACAUUGUUCAGAUGCAACAAAGGGACCACAGUUUAGCGGCUCUAUUAAGGAGUGCUAAAGAGAGAGAGGUGGAGAGUGAGUUAGAGUACAGUUCUGGAGAGGAGUAUUUUCUGCAGAAGGGUAUUCUCUGCCAUCAACAUGGACCAGUGAAGCAGCUAGUGGUUCCCAAAGCAGCCCGAGACACAGUGCUUGUCUUGGGCCACUCUGUUCCCUGGGCUGGCCACCUAGGGAAGCACAAGACCCUGGCUCGGAUUAAACGAUACUUUCACUGGCCUGGUUUGCGGGCAGAUGUUAGCCAGUUCUGUAGGACUUGCCCUCAGUGCCAGAAGACUUCAAGUAGAGGACCAUGUAGAGCUCCUCUCCAGCCACUCCCCAUUGUUGGUACCCCCUUUGAGCGUCUUGGUAUGGACAUUGUUGGUCCCGUAGAAAGAAGCAAAAGUGGAAACCGCUACAUGUUGGUCAUCACAGACUAUGCGACUAAAUAUCCUGAGGUGUUUCCCCUGAAGUCGGUCAAGGCAAAGACGGUGGCAUUCUCCUUGGUGCAGUUCUUCUCCAGAGUCUGUUUCCCGCAAGAGAUUUUAACUGACCAAGGCACUAACUUUAUGUCCACGCUCCUGAAACAGGUUUACCAACUGCUUGGCAUCAAGAGUCUGCGAACAACCCCCUACCAUCCACAGACAGAUGGACUGACGGAGCGGUUCAACCAGACCCUCAAGCAAAUGCUCCAUGCCUCAGAGAGGGGUAUCGGUGCUGUCCUUCUGCAAGGACCAACAGAGGACCAACAUCCAGUGGCUUUCAUCAGCCGCAAGCUGCUCCCCAGGGAAGUCCGCUACUCUACCGUGGAGAAAGAAGCCCUGGCGAUCAAGUGGGCUCUCGACUCUUAUAAAUACUACCUUCUGGGGAGGGAGUUCACUCUACAGACUGAUCACAAGGCCCUCCAGUGGUUGCAACGGAUGAAGGACACUAAUGGCAGAGUCACCCGUUGGUAUCUGGCCAUGCAACCCUUCCGCUUCAUAGUACAGCACAUCCCUGGCAAACUCAAUGUGACGGCAGAUUAUCUCUCUCGCUGUCACAACGAGAGUUCCGAAGGGGGGGAGUAUGUGAUGGCCGCCCUAGCAGCCACACAUUGAGGCACAAAGCGCAUGGUGGUAACUCUUUCUUUGUUUGAUUAUAUUUAGGCUUAGAACAUUAGACACGAUUGACAAUAAAUAACUGGACACAGAUUUUGGAUUCAUAAUACAUAGUUUUAUUAUCCGGUUUUCACAGUAGUUAUCUUUUUGGGUGCACACAAUUAGUUAACUUUUGUUGUCAAUUUUCUGUAGUAUUAGAUUCACUCAGGUUAUUUUUCAUUGCAUUAAUUCAUUUUUCUUUGAGUUACCAGUUCCUGGGUGCUGCUGCUGACGAUGUUGCAUGGCUGACAAAGGAAGUGCCGGCAGAUUCAGAGACACUUAAAAGGGGUUGGGCCGAUAAUUGGGCUACACCAUGUUGGCUGGAAUCAUGGGGAGAGGAAGUGAUUUCUCUUUGUUUGAGUUUAGUUAUUUCUGAUUAUUAUGCUUUUUGAUGUUUAGUAUUUCAGUAUUUUCCUUAGUUAAUAAUUGGCUGCAUUAUCUGGAUAUUAU